CGCUCGAAGUAGCAAGUCGUGAAAUUAUUGGAGGUACUCUGUCUUCACAAAAACUUUUGUUUUGCGCUAUAUCUCCAUAUUUCUGAAAGUAGCGUUAUUUCUUGGCAUACCCUUCAUACCAAAGGUCAACCGCCUUUUGUUGAUUGACUUUGUCUGAUGGAGGAACCCAAGGUAACUGUGAGUGGUGAAAGUGAUGAACCCCCACCCCCACCGCCUCCAUAUUCACCAGCUCCACUUCCACCAAACUGGAGAUAUGCAAAAGACGCCACAGGGAUGGUAUAUUACUACAACCGUAUCACAAAAGAAACCCAAUGGACUCCUCCGCUGUCUGAUGGCGUAACUCGGGAUGCAACCAACCUUGGAGCCAUCCUGAAACCUACCCAGGUUUCCCCUAGCUCCGAGGUAAGAAAAGACGGCACUGUCUCGUGUAAAGCAGUGGCAGCAGUUGGCAAGACUCCAACAAAUGAACAUCUGUCUGCUCCUGAUGAAGAGACAGUGACCUCCUGUGACAUCUUUAAGAAAGUGGCUGAAGAAGCCCUGCACAGUUCGUCGUCAAAUAAUAUCAAGUUCAUGGUUGUGAAAUAUUUGGAGCCCACGGAUUCAACUGCUUCUACAGCUAUUGAGACUGCUAAAUCUGGCCGGUUAAGACCAAGGUGUGCUCAGUUGAAGUCGAUGAAAGCUUCAUCAUUACCAAGGUCAGCUAAUUUCAAAUCAACUUCUGCUCGACGGAAAACAACAUCUGCAAAAUCGGCUAAAUUGAAAUCAACGUCUGCCAAAGCAAAGCCUAAGUCUCCUCGAUCGAAGCCGUUGUCUGCUCAAGAAGUAUCUAUGUCUGCAUUGGGAUUAGUGGCGUCCAGUUCAGUUUUCUCAGCACUUGAGGUGCCGAGCAGUGAUGAUGGUGUGGCCACAGAUGACACAUCACCAACACAUGAGGUAACACCUGGUGGGGCAGAAAUGCCUAAAUCACAAGAAGAUGGCAACACCAAGAAAAAGCUUGCCCCAAAGAAGAUGCAGUGUAAUCAAUGCAAUGAGUUGUUUGGAAACUGGAAAGCUUUGCUGGCUCAUAAAUGUCAUUUAAAGGAGGCUGCAUUUAAGUGUUCGCUUUGUAGGAAACAGUUUGGUACUCAGGGUGGAUUGAAGAUGCAUACAACGCUUAAACACAACCCUGAACAAACAAGUCGCAAACAAAAACCCACCAAAAAACAGAAGUUGCUGCACUCAUGUUCUUUUUGUGGAAAAAAGUUUGCCAAAAGUGUUCCUUGUAAAGAACACGAGCGAGUCCAUUCGGGAGAAAAGCCGUACAAGUGUGAAGACUGUGAUAAAACGUUUAGACUGAAGAAACAGUUGAAAACACACAAACGUGUUCAUACUGGAGAAAAACCAUAUCAGUGUAAGCUUUGUGAGAAAAGAUUUGCCCUAAAAAAUUCUUGUACGAAACAUGAGCAGAGUCACAGUGAAGAAAGGGCAUUUAAAUGCAAACUUUGUGGGAAAAGAUUUCAGCGGGAGGGUCUUUUGGCAUCUCAUAUGCAUGUCCAUACUAGUGAUAAACAAUAUGUGUGUACGAUAUGUGGAAAAGGUUUUGCUAAGAAAUCGACUUGUCAGGUGCAUGAAGCACGUCACACUGCGGAGAAGAGAUUUGAAUGCACGCACUCAGAAUGUGGGAAAAAGUUCCAUCACAAGGGACACUUUAACGCACAUCUUCGAACCCACACUGAUGAAAGACCUUACAUCUGCUCCAUUUGUGGCUGGGCAGCCAAGGAACUCUCCGCAAGUAAAAAACACGAACUGAUCCACACAAGAAAACAUAAAGAAUUCAAAUGUCAGGAAUGUGGCAAAGUUUUCCAAAAUAUUGGGCGUUUGAAAACUCAUUCUCAGUGUCAUAACACUGAGAGGCCAUAUUUGUGUUGUAUUUGUGGAAAAAGCUUCCUUGAUCGGAAAACCUGUCAGAAUCAUGAACGUGUCCACACUGUGGUAAAAAAAUUGACUUGUUCAUUCUGUCUAAAGCAGUUCUACCGCAAGAGCCACUUGGAUGCUCAUGAACGCACUCAUACCGGGGAAAGACCGUUCUCGUGUUCGAUUUGUUCAAAAACAUUCAAAGAGAAGUCGGCGGUCAAGCUCCAUGAACAGACUCACACCCAACAGAAAGAUUUCAAAUGUCCGCAGUGUGAGAAGAGAUUUCGCCAGCGCAGCACCUUGACAACUCAUCUCCGUCUUCAUACUGGUGAAAAACCAUUUGUGUGUUCUGUUUGUGGGAAAUCAUUUACUGCGUAUUCGACUUGGCAAUCUCAUGAACGGGCGCACGCAAACAUUAGACCUUACAAGUGUCUUCAUUGUGAGAAGACGUUCGUCAGAAAAUCGGCCAUGGCCAUCCAUUUCCGUGUCCACUCAGGAGAGAGACCAUACCAAUGCUUACACUGCGGCAAACAGUACACCACCAAGAGUAAGCUGAGCCAACACGAGCGGAUUCACACAGGAGAGAAACCAUAUGAGUGUAGUCAUUGUGGGGAAGAGUUUCAACGAAGGGAUGCACUUACAAAACAUGAGCUCGUGCAUAGCGGGGAUAAACAGUCUUCUCCUUUGUCUUCUUCUUCCUCUUCUCCUUCUUCUUCUUCUGAGGAUGAACCAAAGCGUUCACCUAGGAGUAUUACGCUCCAUAAAUGCUCUCACUGUAAUUUAGCUUUUCACCAAAAGGAGGUGCUGAAGGACCAUAAAUGUCUCCAUGCAGGACAGCAAGCAUUCUUCAGCCAGGAGGCUCUGCAGAUAGCUGUGGACUCGCUGGAAACGAUUAGGAUCAAUGACCUAGAUGUGGUACAGUAUGAACAAUGUAAUAUGGAGCUUGAGACUCUUGAAGAUCAAAUCCAGAUGACGAGUGUUGGAGAGUUUAAUGACCUGCCCCCGCCGCCCCCUCCUGGCUGGCCACAACCCAAGAAGACACUGCGCUUGAACUGGAAAUACGCGAGGAACCCCUCAGGGAUGAUCUAUUAUUACAACUCUAUCACCAAGGAAACUCAGUGGGACCCGCCAGCAUCAGAUGAUGUGAGCAGGGAUGCUGGUGCCGAGAAGAGUGAAGCGGAUACGCGUACAGCUGGAUGGGUCCGAGAAACACAAGUAGACAGACUGAAGACAAACAUUGAUAGCAUAGCUUUUCCUGUCACCACGGAAACAGAGACGAGCGCUUUAGCUGCUGAUGCUGUCAGUGUCUCAGCCACUGUCAUCAAGUCUGAGGACGCCUCUCUGCCUGGCGAUGUGUCUCUGCUCGGAGAUGCCUUGGCGUCCGUUGCACCAAACACUUACGUUGUGCAGCCCAAGCGAUCAGCCACAUCCAUGCAUGCAUCACUGGUGUUGGCAAAGAAAGAUGGAACGACAAAGGCCGCCAUUUUGAUUGUGCCGAAGCGUGUUGUUGAGCCGACAAAGACAUUGUCUGUGUGUGCUGGACUACAGGGAUGUGGAAAGAUGGGUGGUUUGGAUGCAUGGCCUGCUCUAAAGCUGACGAGAACUGUUGUAAAACAGGGUGAGACUUUCGAGUUCAAACCAGUGAAGCCACUGACAUCUCAAGUCAAGGAAAGUUCGGUGACGGACAACUUGGUUGGUAAAAAAGGACGUCCAAGGAACAGCCCUCGUAAAGGCCAUAGAGUAAAAUCAUUAAAACUCGAAGGGCCUGUGGUGGCCGAUGAAAGUACACAGCCUCAGGGUGGGGAGGAAGCCCCUGAGAACCGAGCUCGGAAAAGCCACAAAUCUACCCAUAAGGAAAGACAAUUCAAGUGCGGAUUUUGUACGAAAUCAUUUGCGAGUGAGACAACACUCAUUGGGCAUCAGAUCAUCCAUGAAAAGAAACAGUUCAAAUGCUUGGUUUGUCAGAUGGCGUUCACGCAGAAGUCGAGUUUGACUCGCCAUGUUGUUAUUCACAGCGGAGAGAAACGUUUUCAGUGUUCUACUUGUGGGAAGGUGUUCAGGUUGAAGGAGACCUUGCAAGGCCACGAGCGAAUUCAUACCGGCAAUCUAUCCUGUUUAUAUUGUGAGAAACAUUUCCUGACUAAACGGCAUUUGAAUAAACAUCUUCGCACUCAUAAGGAACAUAAGCCUUAUAAAUGUACAAAAUGCAAUAAAGUGUUUCGACAAAGUACACAUUUAAGGCGGCAUGCUCUUUUCCACACUGACGAAAGACCAUUUCAGUGCAGUCAGUGUGAUAAACGAUUUAAAGAUAAGAGAGGAUUGGAGGUCCAUCUAAAAUUCCACGCAGGACUGAAACCCUACAAAUGUUCUCACUGUCCUAAAUCGUAUAUGAGCCUGUCCUACUUAGAAGUGCAUUUCCGCAUCCACACAGGAGAAAGACCAUUUAAGUGCACCUGGUGUGACAUGUCUUUCAGAACAGAACCGGUCUUAACGAGACAUGUUCGAAAUAUUCAUACUGGUGAGAAACCCUUUAUAUGCUCCUUUUGUGGGCUGGGCUUCAAGCAGUCCUACAAUUGCCAGGUUCAUGAACGUACUCACACAGGAGAGGAACCUUUCAAAUGUUCUCAAUGCCUGAAGUCACUUCGGUCAAAAGCUCGUUUAGAUGCCCAUGUUUGUACCCAAACUCUUUGAGAAUAGACAUACGAGUUAGCUCUAUAAUUUGCUUGAAAGAAAGAAUUCAUUGUGUCGCUGAGAGGGCCACUGCAACAACGACGUCGCCCAAUCCCAUCAGAUGUGUACAACAAAAUCAACCACCUUCUGAUGUUACACGCUGUAAUUGGUACAGGGGUUUUGUUAUUUUUCUUGUAUAUUCCUUCAGAAUUGUGAGGCAGAAAGUUGAUUACCUUUGAAUAGACUUGU